AUGGAGCAAACCCUAAAUCAACACAAUAUCUUGGCUCAAUAUGCAUGCUUCGCCGCUGGCUGCGCCGCCGUGCUAUUCUCCAUAAUAAAAUCCCUACUUCUGACCACCACCGCACAGGCAUGGCUCUGGUCCAUGCUUGCCACGGUGGCGGCCUACUUGUUAGCAGACUUGGGCACUGGCAUUUACCAUUGGGCCAUUGAUAACUAUGGGGGCCCACAAACUCCGAUAUUCGGCCCACAAAUCGUGGGCUUCCAAGGCCACCACCACCGGCCCAUGGAAAUCACUAAAAUGGACAUUGUCCACAACGUCCAUGACACGGCGGCCGUUGUCGCGGCCGUGGCCACUCCAAUAAACUUGCUAUGCAGGGACCCCGUUUUGCUGGCGUUUAUUGGGGCGUUUGGAGGGUUUGUGAUGUUCAGCCAGCAGUUCCACGCGUGGUCCCACACGCCGAGUGGGAGGCUGCCGCGGAUGGUGGCGGCGCUCCAGGACGCCAGGGUCAUCCUGAGGCGGGCCGAGCACGCCGCGCACCACCGGCCUCCGUUCAGCACCAAUUACUGCAUUGUGAGCGGCGUGUGGAAUAGGGCUCUGGAUAGGUCCUACUUCUUUGUGGCGCUUGAGGUGGCGGUGGCCGCGGUUUUCGGCCACGAGCCGCGGUCGUGGAGCGAACCCCGCACGGAUUGGUGGGAGAAAUCAGGGAUCAAGUAA